AUGUGUACAAAACGAACGGACUCAGACCAGUUUCAUCCAGCGGACGUACAAAAGAUUGCCGACUGCGAUGAGCUGUGCCGCCGGUUCAUCCGCCAGAAGAAGCUCGACCUGGAUGCCGCUUUCGAGAUGACGAAGAACGCUCUCAUCUGGCGCAAGAAGUUCGAGGUCAACGACAUCACAGAGGCGACCCUACCUCCUGUCUACUUUGACUUCGGUGCCAUGUUCCCCCUUGGCCAAGACAAGUACGGGAGCCAAUUAAUCUACCACCGGGUGAAGCUGCACCGAAAGGACGAGCGACAGGCAAUACAGCACCGGCGCUAUCUGGUCUUCUGGGUGGAGAAGCUGCUCUACGAGCUCAACCACGUGCGACUCAGCUUCAUCCUGGACCUCGGAGAGUCCGGAUACGGAAACAUGGACAUGGAACUGAUUGGGUUCCUGAUCAGUCUGUUCAAGGAGUACUACCCAUGGGCCCUAGGUUACAUCAUCGUGUACGACAUGCCCUGGCUAUUCAACACGGCUUGGAAAGUGAUCAAGUCUUGGGUACCUGCCGAAGGUGUGGAGCGCGUCAAGUUCGUCGACAAGAACACCAUCACAAACUACGUAUCUCCUGAAAAUCUGCCGGAUUACAUGGGUGGCACGGUAAAGCUUCCCUUCCGGGAGUACACAUGGGACGAUGUGGACUUCAUUAUCAACCACGCCAGUGCUGAAGUUCAGCCAGCCGAUGUUGAGCCGUGUCUCAGCCGCGCAUCGCUGGCGCAGGUGAUUCGCGAGCGAAUUCCACGGACGCCAGCCAUCGAGGAGUUCUACCGGAGCCGGUUCGGCAUGUUCACGGUGCGCAGCAGCGCCGACACCGACGACCACGCAGCGCUCAUCAAAGUCGAGCCUGACACCGACCUCGUGUUCGGUGCCGAAGAGCCUGACCUCAACAAGCAUGCAGGGAGCUUGGUACUCACAAACACCUCGGACAGCCACGUCGCGUUCAAGAUUAAGACAAAUAACAUCGAUGGAUACAAGGUAAAGCCAUUCUUCGGGAUCAUUCCUCUUAACAGCACCGUGAGCGUCAGUGUGGCCCAAAAUCCAGGCUCGGAGUUCCACGCAUCGGACAAGCUGCUCAUUAUGACCACGGGCAUCGAAACGCUCGAGAUCAGCCCCCGCGAGCUAAUUGACCACUGGAGAUCCGUCGCCAAGGACAACAUCAAAGAACACAGGCUCCGCUGCGUGAACGUGUCGAGCAUGGCGUCCCAGAAGCCGACGUCCGAACUGAAGGAGCUCACCUCGCGAUCCGGCACCACGGGCCCCCGCCAGCCUAGCCUCGGCAAGGAGAAAUCGUACCAGUCCUUCUGCCCGCCCAAGCCCUCUUCACCCGGCACCUCCUCGCAGCUCGAGGUCAUCCAAGACGUCGUCGGCGACGUCCAGAGCAAGCUUGGCGCUGUCUACCAGGAAAUGAGCGCGAUGUCUCGGCGUCAGGAGCAGUUCGGCUUCAUCUUACUCGCUACCAUGGUGCUGGUCGGGGCAAACCUGCUCAUGCUCAUCGUGGUCAAGAACUGCCAGUCGGCCACCGAGUGGUACUGCUGAAAGACUCCGCUGUGUUGUAGACGGGCUGACCCUUGUCAACAACGCGAAGUACACCGUGCCCCCCCAGCCGAAGUGAACCGGGCCAGGCGAGCGGGUGAACGCCGACAACCGUGACCGAGAAAAUGGGACCGAAAAAAAAAAGAGAGAGAGAAUGGAGUGUCAACUCAGCUGCGACUGUGCGUACCUAGUCGUUGUUUUUAUUGCAUAUAAGGAGCCGGAGCUGACAAAUUUUUAUUUUUCAGUGUUCAUGUGCAACUUAAAUAAACAAAUCUUUAUAAAA